GCUUGGCCCGGCCCGGCCCGAGCCCGUCCGCGCUUGACACGGGGUAAGGAGCUGCCGGGAAGACGAUGAAGCUGUAGAGAUGCUUCCCUACGUCAUCGCCACCCUGGGCUCAGUAGGGGCCCCCUGCAAAACUCCCACAUGCAACAACAACAACAGCACUACCAAGGAUUACUGUUACAGUGCUCGCAUCCGCAGCACUGUGCUGCAGGGGCUGCCCUUUGGUGGGGUGCCGACCGUCCUAGCCCUUGACUUUAUGUGCUUUCUUGCACUGUUGUUUGUCUUUUCAAUUUUGCGUAAAGUUGCUUGGGACUAUGGACGCCUGGCCCUGGUGACUGAUGCUGACAGGCGCCGACGCUGGGAGACGGAAAGAGAGGAGCGGGAAUACGUAGCCUCCGCCCUGCAUUCUGACAACCAUGACCGCUACGAGCGCCUCACCUCCGUCUCCAGCUCUGUGGACUUCGACCAGAGGGACAAUGGUUUCUGCUCCUGGCUGACAGCCAUCUUCAGGAUAAAGGAUGAUGAGAUCCGGGACAAAUGCGGGGUUGAUGCAGUGCACUACCUGUCCUUCCAGAGGCACAUCAUUGGGCUACUAGUGGUCGUGGGUGUGCUUUCCGUGGGCAUCGUGUUACCUGUGAACUUCUCAGGGGACCUGCUAGAAAACAAUGCCUACAGCUUUGGGAGGACAACUAUUGCUAACCUGAAGUCUGGGAAUAACCUGCUGUGGCUGCACACUACCUUUGCUUUCCUGUACCUGCUGCUGACAGUGUACAGCAUGCGCCGGCACACUUCCAAGAUGCGAUACAAAGAGGAUGACUUGGUGAAGCGAACUCUAUUCAUCAAUGGGAUCUCAAAAUAUGCUGAGCCAGAGAAGAUCAAGAAGCAUUUUGAGGAGGCCUAUGCCAAUUGCACUGUCCUAGAGGCCCGUCCCUGCUAUGAUGUUGCCCGGCUGAUGUUCCUUGAUGCAGAGAGGAAGAAAGCUGAGCGUGGACGAAUCUACUUUACCAACCUUCAGAGCAAGGACAACACCCCAUCCAUGAUCAACCCCAAGCCCUGUGGCCACCUGUGCUGCUGUGUCAUCAGGGGCUGUGAGGAGGUGGAGGCCAUUGAGUAUUAUACCAAGCUGGAGGAGAAGCUCAAAGACGACUACAAGCGGGAGAAGGAGAAGGUUAAUGAAAAACCUCUGGGGAUGGCCUUUGUCACCUUCCACAAUGAGACCAUCACAGCCAUAAUCCUCAAAGAUUUCAACGCUUGUAAGUGCCAGGGCUGUGCGUGCCGUGGAGAGCCCAGAGCCUCCUCCUGCAGUGAGUCCCUCCAUGUCUCCAACUGGACCGUCAGUUAUGCUCCUGACCCACAGAACAUUUACUGGGAGCACCUCUCCAUCCGCGGCUUUAUAUGGUGGAUCCGCUGCUUUGUGAUUAACGUGGUCCUCUUCAUCCUUCUCUUCUUUCUCACCACUCCUGCUAUCAUCAUCACCACUAUGGACAAGUUCAAUGUCACCAAGCCUGUGGAGUACCUCAAUAACCCAAUCAUCACCCAGUUCUUCCCCACACUGCUGCUGUGGUGCUUCUCUGCUCUUCUGCCCACCAUUGUAUACUACUCUGCCUUCUUUGAAGCACACUGGACCAGGUCUGGAGAGAAUAGGACAACUAUGCACAAGUGUUACACCUUCCUCAUCUUCAUGGUCUUGCUGCUGCCAUCGCUGGGCCUGAGCAGCUUGGAUGUAUUUUUCCGCUGGUUGUUUGACAAAAAAUUCCUUGCUGAAGCUGCUGUGCGAUUUGAGUGUGUGUUCCUGCCAGACAAUGGGGCUUUCUUUGUGAACUACGUUAUCGCCUCUGCCUUCAUCGGGAAUGCCAUGGACCUGCUGCGCAUCCCUGGUUUGCUCAUGUACAUGAUCCGCCUCUGCCUGGCCCGCUCGGCGGCCGAGCGGAGGAACGUCAAACGACACCAGGCCUAUGAGUUCCAGUUUGGGGCUGCUUACGCCUGGAUGAUGUGUGUCUUCACUGUAGUCAUGACAUACAGCAUCACCUGCCCCAUCAUAGUCCCUUUCGGGCUCAUGUACAUGCUACUUAAGCACCUGGUGGACCGAUACAACCUGUAUUACGCUUACCUGCCUGCCAAGCUGGACAAGAAGAUCCAUUCAGGGGCUGUGAAUCAGGUAGUGGCAGCCCCCAUCCUCUGCCUCUUCUGGCUUCUCUUCUUCUCCACAGUGCGCACAGGGUUCCUGGCCCCAACUUCCAUGUUUACCUUUGUGGUCCUCGUGAUCACCAUUGUGAUCUGCCUGUGUCAUGUCUGCUUUGGGCACUUCAAAUACCUCAGCGCUCACAACUACAAGAUUGACCACACAGAAGUGGAUGCCAUGGACAACAGGCAGAAUGGGAGACCUGCCACCAAUCUUCCAGCUCCCAAGUCAGCUAAGUAUAUCGCCCAAGUGCUUCAGGACUCCUCGCCGGAGGGCGAAGCAACAGAGUCGGAGGAGCAGGGAUCACAGGAUGAGGAGCUCAUCAACGCAGAUGGCAUGAAUGACACAGAUUUCCAGUCGUGUGAGGACAGCCUGAUAGAGAAUGAGAUCCACCAGUAGGGACCUCAAAGGGUGGGAGGGGAAGGAGGCCCAGGAGCAGAGCAGGCUGUGUGCACGGGACCUGGGAAGAGGCACCUGAGGGUGCUGGCUACUGCCCUCACCCUCCUGCCGCCCAGGGCCGCUGCCUUCAGUGAGGGCAGGGACCCUGCUGCAAGCUCUCCAUCUCCCUGCUCCUCCACCCCUGCACCAGCCUGGCUGCUCAGCAGGCAUGCUCUUUACUAGCUACCUUUUUCAAUGCAUCCCUGGACCCCAGACCCCCAGAGGCUGGGGAGGAGGGGGACUGUAACCCCUGCAGUGCUGCCCUGGACCUGCAGGGAGGAGGAAAGCUGGCUGCUUUGUGGGAAGGGGCAUAAGGGGAACAUUUGGGGUCUUCUGAGCAGGCAACUGUAUCCCCUGUCUUGCCGGUGAGAAACACUAAUAAUUUAUUAGAUUUACAGGAAGGUGAUAAAUGAAAAACUUUAGUCAGUCUAUUGGAAACCCUACACAGGGUGGGGUUGGCUUUUAUUGCACCUUCUUCGUGUGCCCUUUCUCAACUGCUUCCAGCAUGCAGUUGGUGCAGCAUCCCAGGAGCUAGUCCAGGCCCAGGGGUGGUGACAGGCUUCCCCCUCACCACAGGGAUGGUGAUGGUGACAGCCUGGCUUCAUGGUGAAGGGGUACUGGGUUGGCAUGAGCUAGACAAGCCCUUGCAGGGUGAGGGGUGCUGAGGGCAUUUCUUAUGAGCAGGAGGAGGCGCAGGCAGCCUCUCCCCCAGGUCCUGUUUCUUCCUCCCCCAGGGCAGGGGUUUGCAGCAUCAUUUAAAGUGGCAUUUUUCUUUGCACAUUUUACUCCCCUUACAAACAAAUCAACCUGACCCCCAUGUGGUACUGCAGUCCCCCUUUUGCUGCCCUGUGUCUG